UCCAUUUUAAGUGCGAGUCUUUCAAUCAGGGCGGGCGGAGGGCGCUUACUUUUCAUCUAUCUUAUCUUAAUUACGGUCUUUCAUAGUACUAUAGCAUCGAUGGAUGUUGUAUGCAGCGGAGUUGUUCUUCUCAUGAUACUGGCUAUUGCACCAGUUGCAAUAGCAGCAAAGGAGUCUGCUGUGAAUUUAUUGGAAGCUGAGGCACUGCUCAAGAGGGGCUGGUGGCGAGGCAGUACUGCUGCAACAAACAUUUCUGCCUACUGCCAGUGGCCUGGUAUCAUUUGCAACGAUGCUGGUAGUGUUACCGAAAUACUACUUCCGGGCUACGGAAUUCAAGAUGACUUGACAAAUUUCAGCUUCUCUUCUUUUCCGAACCUGGUUAGACUAGAUCUCAGCGAGAAUAAACUUCACGGCGCCAUCCCACAUCAAAUAGGUGCACUCUCCAAACUCACCCAUCUCAAUUUGUCUUUCAACAGAUUUGAAGGUGAGCUCCCGUCUUCUCUAGUAAACCUUACGCAACUAGCACAGCUCGAUGUUUCUUGGAAUUCGAUUGACAGCUUAAUUCCUCCGGGUAUCGGAAACUUGACAAACUUGGUUGCUCUAGACUUGAGCCACGAUUUUUUUUUUGGUCCAAUCCCUCCAACUCUUGGCCACUUGUCCAAAUUAGCCUCUCUCGAUCUCAGUGGCAAUGGACUUAAGGAAGACAUCCCACAUCAAAUAGGUACACUUUUCAAACUCACCUAUCUCAAUUUGUCGAAUAAUUUUAUCGAAGGCUUUAUUCCCUCCUCCAUCGCAAACUUGACAAAUUUGGUUACUCUAGACCUGAACAACAAUUCUUUUUUUGGUCCCAUCCCAUCCAUCCUUGGCCAAUUGUCCAAUCUAGAUUUCCUGAACCUCAAUAUUAACCACUUCAGUGGGAUAAUCCCUCCAGCACUUUUUAAUUUGACAAAGCUUUCCCGGCUAUACAUUGGCAGGAAUCCCGCAAUAAGGGGAGUUCUCCUUGAAGAAAUAGGAAAUUUGAAGAUUUUACUUGAAUUAGACUUGAGUUACAAUGGUUUUUCUGGCAACAUCCCUCCAACCCUUGGCCAAUUAUCCAAUCUAGCCUCCAUUAACCUCAACAAUAACCACUUCAGUGGGACAAUUCCUUCAGCUCUUUUUAAUCUGACAAAUCUUUCCCGACUAGACAUUCACUCUAAUCCUGCAAUGGGAGGAUUUCUCUCAGAAGAAAUAGGAAAUUUGAAGAGUUUAGUUAAAUUAAACUUCAGUGGCCUUAAUCUUUCAGGUGCCUUUACUUCAGCUCUUUGUCGCCUAACCAAACUAGUAUCUCUUUCAGGUGCUGAGAAUCAAAUUCAUGGUUCCAUUCCCUCUGAAAUAGGAAAUUUGAAAAAUUUGAAAUAUCUUUUCUUCGAGUCCAACCAGCUGACUGGUCAAAUCCCUCCGACCCUUGGCAGUCUGACUACUCUGAUUUAUUUGGACCUCUCUUCUAACCAAAUAAGUGGUUCCAUACCUCUUCAACUUUCCGUUAUACCUUCUCUAAAAUUUUUAGAUCUUUCCUCAAACCAACUUAGAGGUCCGAUUCCAUUUACAUUAAAUUUGGACACCUGGUCUAGAUUGAAGCAUUUAUAUCUACAAAACAACUCUUUGAGUGAUAUUUUUCCAUGGAAAAUUCUAGAUCUCCCUUUGUUACAGACAGUGGACUUAAGUCGUAACCGCAUUAGCGGAAAGAUACCAACCCAAUCGGAGUGGUACCUUUCGACUUUGGAUCUUUCCCACAAUAUUCUCUCUGGCACUGUCCCCUCGUCUCUUUCUCGACUGGGGGACGUCGACCUGUCCUAUAAUGCUUUGGAAGGUGAACUUCCGUGUGAGCUUGUCAAUAAGUUUGGUCCAGGAAGUUUUGACGGCAAUCCAGACUUGCAUUACACUUCCGCUCUUUGUGGUGCAUCUCCUCCUGUUAUGAAAAAUCACAGACAUCACCCCCCAUACUACAUCAUAGGUCAUGGCGUGUCCUUGUUGGUGUUCUCAUUAAUUGGCGGAUUAGUGCUUUAUAUCUUCUGCAAAACCAAAGUCAAGAAAGUGGAAGUUGAGCUGAUGGACAAUAAACAUGGAGACAUUUUCAGAAUAUGGAACUACGAUGGACAUAUGGCUUAUGAAGACAUAAUUAAAGCAACAAACGAUUUUGAUGUCAGUUAUUGCAUCGGGACAGGGGGGUAUGGUUCUGUAUACAGAGCGCGGUUGCCAAGUGGGAAAGUAGUGGCUUUGAAAAAGCUUCACCGUUUGGAAGGCGAGAAUCCAAAUUUUGACAAGAGCUUUAGGAACGAAGCCGACAUGCUAUCUAAAAUCAGGCACAGGAACAUUGUAACGCUCUUCGGAUUCUGCCUGCACAAGCGAUGCAUGUUUCUGAUUUAUGAGUAUAUGGACAGAGGAAGCUUGUUUUUUAUCUUGAGAGAUGAAACCGAAGCUGUGGAGCUGGAUUGGAUUAAAAGAGUGAAUUUGAUCAAGGGCAUUGCCAGUGCAUUGUCCUACUUGCAUUACGAUUGUGAUCCGCCAAUCAUUCACAGGGAUGUAUCAAGCAACAACAUUCUUUUGAAUUCACAGCUCGAAGCAACUCUUUCUGACUUCGGAACCGCGAGGAUUUUGGAACUUGAUUCAUCAAAUCAAACAGUCAUUGCAGGCACCUUUGGCUACAUGGCACCAGAGCUAGCCUAUACCAUGGUGGUCACUGAAAAGUCCGAUGUGUAUGGCUUUGGAGUUGUGGUGCUGGAAACGCUGUUUGGAGAGCAUCCACAAGAAUUCCUUUCUUGCAUAUCAUCACAACCCAAUGAACCAAUAAUGCUGAAGGAUCUUCUUGAUUCCCGUCUGCCCCCUCCGACUAACCCUUUGGUGGUUCGAAAUGUGGCUCUCGCGACAGCGUUAGCCCUGGAUUGCGUCAACGCAAACCCGAAAUGUCGACCAACAAUGCAGCAAGUGGUGAACCGAUUUGAAGCGGGCAGGCGAGAACCAACUAGGCCUUUGCACACCAUUGCUGUGAACCAGCCUGUUAGUCCACCAGUACUUUCACUGCCUGACCAAACCCGCGCAGAUGGGACGAGUAGCCUAAGCACCAUAAAUGAAUUCCAUGUGGAUAUCUCUGCGACUCUGCCAUCAUCCAAUUUUUCUAUCCAUGUUUCUACCUAAACAACUUUGACAUUUGGUAGGAAACAGAAUAAGAUCGUGCUUUGCAAAAUGGAAACUUGACCAAGCACUUAGAUUGCUGCAUACUACUAUUUAGUGUGCUAAUGAAAAAAAAAAGUGUACUUGUUAAUUUAAAAAAAAAAAAA